GAAAUAGGAAGCAAGCGAGAAAUCUAAAAGAAAGAAAAAAGAUAAAUAGUGACGGUUUUCUACAGAUUGAAUGCCACUGUAAAUCAUAGCACUAAGAGAGAGAGAGAGAGAGAGAGAGAGUAGUCUUCUCACUUCUCUUGGAGACCGACACGAAGCACCUCAUCGAAGUCCCUAUUUUUGGAGCCUCUCACCUCCCUGCUUCGAUCCAAGCGAGCAGCGAUAUCUGUCCACGAACCGCGAUAAUCCUCUGCGUGAUUCCAAUCUCCGUCCCGUAAUGCUUCGCGGUCGAGAUCUCCGGUGCAUGGUGUUCCAGGUGGAACCCUCGCGGCUGAGGAGCACGGGCUAGGGUUUCCGAACCCCUUUGUUCGAGUUCUUGGAGACCGAGCUGCGUCUCGUUGUCUGAGGCCGAGAUAGGGUUUGGGGUAGAGGGUGUUUGCGGAAAGGCGGCUCCUUUUGGUGCUUGGUUCUUACGGGCCGCGAAGGGGAAGCUCUGAGUGGAGAUCCGCAGGGUUUUCCGGUUGCCGUCGGGGUUUUCUUCUCCAAUGCGUGGGUUAUAGUGAUUUCGGUUGUUCUUUUAGGAAUUUUUUUUUUCUUCAAGUUUGUACCUCGUCGAAGCUUGGGAUUGAGCGAGGCUUUUGGGGUUUUGCAGAAAGAUUUCAUCUUUUUAUGGGGUUUCAGCUCGGUGGGUUUGGUUGAGAUAGCUGGUUUACAUUUUUUUUUUCUUUCCCUCCCUUUUCAAGUCUGUCGGCCUUUGCACUUUUAGUUUGAGCAUCAGGGGAAGGAGCUAUGAAGUGGUUGAGGUGAAGGUUGGAGUAGAUGUUUUCGUUACGAGUUGAAUAAGCUUGAGGUACCGCGGAACUUCCGGAAUCUGUGAUUUUGGCUCUACUUUCAGAUACGAUUUCUUGGUGUUCAAGUCCAAAAAUCAUCUUUUGAUGUCAAAGAUUGCGGCCUCUAACCCUGGCGCCUGCAAAUCGAGGCAUCACGACCGAUUAAACUGGGAGUGGCUCUUCCUUGCAAAGGAAUCGGCUUAGGUGAUGAUGGUCUCCGCUUAUAGUUGAGGAUUUGUGCCCAAAUGGAGUAGUCAAAACCAAAUCGUUCUUUUACAUUUUCUCAGUUGGUAGCUUUUAUAGAUUGCAGAGAAAAAUAGUGAGGCAUGAGUUCUAGUGGAAACAGGCGAGGCACAACCAACUCUGCGGGGAAAAAAUAAAAAGGAUUUGAGUUUUGCUGUUUAAAGUGCCCGUGCUUAAAGAUUUCAGUUGUUUGCUGACGGAAAGGAGCAACUGUGAUAGUAAGCUUCUGCUUCCUACUGCAAUAAUCUUCUUCUCAACUGCCAAACAAUGAGGCUAACAUCUCCAACUCUCACCACUCAGCCACAAGAAGAGGAACCACGGUGUCUUAACUCAGAGUUAUGGCAUGCAUGUGCUGGACCUCUGGUGUCAUUACCUGCUGUUGGAAGUCGGGUAGUAUAUUUUCCGCAGGGUCAUAGUGAACAGGUGGCUGCAUCAACCAACAAGGAAGUUGAUUCUCAAAUACCAAACUACCCAAGCUUGCCUCCUCAGCUGAUCUGUCAGCUGCAUAAUGUUACUAUGCAUGCUGAUGUGGAGACCGACGAAGUUUAUGCUCAGAUGACCUUGCAACCAUUGAGUGCUCAAGAGCAAAAAGAUCCCUAUCUCCCUGCUGAUUUGGGUACCCCCAGCAAACAACCAACGAAUUACUUCUGUAAGACAUUGACCGCAAGUGACACCAGUACACACGGUGGAUUUUCAGUUCCCCGUCGAGCAGCAGAAAAAGUUUUCCCUCCAUUGGAUUUUUCACAGCAGCCUCCUGCACAGGAGUUGGUUGCAAGAGACCUUCAUGGCAAUGAGUGGAAGUUCCGCCACAUUUUUCGUGGUCAGCCAAAGAGGCAUCUGCUUACUACAGGAUGGAGUGUUUUUGUGAGUGCAAAGAGACUCGUUGCAGGGGAUUCUGUUCUUUUUAUCUGGAAUGAGAACAAUCAGUUGCUAUUGGGUAUUCGGCGUGCCAAUCGACCUCAAACAGUUAUGCCUUCUUCUGUAUUGUCUAGUGAUAGCAUGCACAUAGGCCUUCUUGCUGCAGCUGCUCAUGCUGCUGCUACAAACAGCCGAUUCACGAUAUUCUAUAACCCAAGGGCAAGCCCUUCUGAAUUUGUAAUCUCACUAACGAAGUAUGUUAAAGCAGUCUAUCACACCCGUGUUUCUGUGGGUAUGCGUUUCCGGAUGCUGUUUGAAACCGAAGAAUCAAGCGUUAGACGAUACAUGGGUACGAUUACUGGGAUCAGUGAUCUUGACCCUGUCCGAUGGCCAAAUUCACAUUGGCGUUCUGUAAAGGUUGGCUGGGAUGAGUCAACGGCAGGAGAGAAGCAGCCUAGGGUAUCACUUUGGGAAAUUGAACCUCUAACGACUUUUCCCAUGUAUCCGUCUUCCUUUCCUCUCCGGUUUAAGCGCCCAUGGCCCACCGGAUUGCCCUUCUUCCAUGGUGGAAGAGAUGAUGAGUUCAGUCUAAAUUCACCACUGAUGUGGCUUAGAGAUGGUGGAAAUCCAGCACUUCAGUCAUUGAAUUUCCAGGGUGUUGGUGUGACACCUUGGAUGCAGCCAAGACUUGGUACUUCUAUGCUUGCUCUACAACCUGACAUGCAUCAGACAGUGGCUGCAGUAGCCCUUCAGGAAAUGCAGACCAUGGAUCUUACUAAACAGGUAACCCCUGCAAUGCUUCAAUUUCAGCAACCUCAGAACACAACCAGCAGAUCCGCACCCAUACUGCAGAGUCAGAUCUUACAGCAUGCACAGCCUCAAUCUCACCAGCCCCUCCUUCACACUAUUCAAGGAAAUCAGAUGCAAAGCCAGGCUCAGUCUCAGUUUCUUCAGCAUCAUUUGCAACAGGGGCAUUCGUUUGCUGAACAACAACAGCAGCAGCAGCAUAAUCUGCAGCUACAGAUACCAGAGCAUCAACAAUUUCAGCAGCAAAGAGUUUUGCCUGCUUAUCAGCAAGUUCCUUAUGGUGCAGCCAAUCUGUCUCAGCUUAGCUCUAGUUCUCAAUCCCAAUCAACCACUUUGAACAUGAUAUCUCCAUCCUCACAGUUGAAGGACUUUCCAGAUUCUAAUGGUAACUCUGUUUCGGCAUCUAGUGUCUCCCCCCUUGAUAACAUUUUACAUCAAAUUUCUCCAGAAGAAACAUCACAACUUCUUAGUUUGCCAAGAUAUGCCCAACCAGUUACUUCGAAUCCCUGGUCGUCGAAGCGAAUUGCAGUUGAAUCAAUGCUUCCUUCGGGAGCUCAAAGUGUACUCUCACAGGUGGAACAAAUAGGUUCUGGACAGCCUAAUAUCCCCUUACAAUCUGUAGUGCUACCACCAUUUCCGGGAAGAGAGUGCUCAGUGAAUCAAGAUGGCAGUAUGGAUAUCCAAAACCAGCACAUGUUUGGUGUCAAUAUUGACUCAUCGAUUUCAGUACAGAAUGGCAUCCGAAGUCUUGGUACUGGUGUCAAUGGAACUAAUUCAACAAACAUAGUGUAUGCUGCAUGCAAUUUAUUGAGGUCUGCUGGAAAUGAUUUUCCUAUCAAUCAAGCAGUAAAUGGGUCGAAUGGUCUGCAUGAAUCAGGACUUUUGCAGUCUACUGAGAAUGUUGAUCAAGUGAACUCACAGAGUGGAACAUUUGUUAAGGUUUAUAAAUCAGGUUCAUUUGGGAGGUCACUGGACAUCACGAGGUUUAGCAGCUACCACGAGUUGCGAAGUGAGCUUGGGCACCUGUUUGGCCUGGAAGGCCAAUUGGAGGACCCUUUGAGAUCAGGCUGGCAGCUUGUAUUCGUCGACCGGGAGGAUGAUGUUCUUCUUGUCGGCGAUGAUCCAUGGCAGGAGUUUGUCAACAGUGUAUCGUGCAUAAAGAUACUUUCGCCCGAAGAAGUGCAACAGAUGGGCAAACAAGGUGUAGAUUUUGUGAAUUCAGCCCCCAUCAAAAGGCUUCAAAGUAAUGGGUGUGAUGACUAUGUAAGUCAGCAGCAUUCAAGAAAUCUCAGUGCCGCCAGGAUCACAUCGGUCGGGUCUUUCAAAUACUGAAGUGGCAACCUUUCUCUUUUUCCCUGCUCCAUGUUUUGCUGCACUUGAAGUAUGACUACUUGAGCCGUGUUAUGUCUAAUAACUGUACCAUAUUGUAUGUGCUUGUAACCUGGAUACACAUCCAAUGCUUAAUUUGUGAAGACUGGUUAUGUUAAUGUAGGCUGUUUUAUUGUUCUA